UUUCCAGGAAAUUUAAACUCCAAUUCCUCCAUCAAGUUAUAUCGUCAGAAACUUAUUCAUUUACAUCCCCCAUAGAAAUCCCUUCAAAAAUUUUACUUUGAUGAUGUCUUUGGUGUUUAGUCAGAGGUUGAUAUGAGAAAUGGUCAUUUCUUUCCCACCUGGGCCCAGCAGAAUGACUCCCAAAAAGAAGAGUGGCAAGAAGGGCCAUUCUGCAAUCAAUGAGGUAGUGACCACGGAAUACACCAUCAACAUUCACAAGCACAUCCAUGCAAUGGGUUUCAAGAAUCUUGCCCCUAUGGCACUCAAAGAGAUCCAGAAAUUUGCCAUGAAGGAGAUGGGAACUACUCCAGGUGUGCACAUUGACACCAGGCUCACCAAGGCUGUCCAGGCCAAAGGAAUAAGGAAUGUUCCAUACCGUAUCUGUGUCCAGUUGUCCAGAAAAUGUAACGAGAAUAAAGAUUCACCAAACAAGCCUUAUACAUUGGUUACCUAUGUAGCUGUCACCACUUUCAAAAGCCUACAGACAGUUAAUGUGGAUGAGAACUACCAGCUGAUUGUCAAAUAAAGGUAUAAAACUGC